AUGGCAGCCUCAAGUAACCCCAUGGUCUUCCCGGUCAUCAGCAACAAGGACCGCAACCGCAAAAACUGCUGGUGCCGCCGCAGCAAGGUCCACAUCCUCCGCAAGGACCACAGCAGGGGCCACACCCACCGCAACACGGGUCACAUCCACCGCAACAAGGGCCACAUCCACCACAGCAGGGGCCCUGAAAAACAUGAAUAUUCAAAUUUGUUGGUUGUCUUAAGUUAUUUCUUUGUUCGGUUUAGAAACUUUACGGACCAAUCAUGUGUUGUGGACCCCUCGGAUUCUGUGGACCCUGUAGCCCUUGCGGCGGUCCCUGCGGACCUUGUGGACCCUGCGGCCCUUGCGGAUCUUGCUGUGGACCCUGUGGAUCUUGCUGUGGGCCUUGUGGCCCAUGUUGCGGACCCUGUGGGCCUUGCUGUGGACCCUGUGGGCCUUGCUGUGGACCUUGUGAACCUUGCUGCGGACCUUGUGGGCCUUUCUGCGGAUGCUGAACAUCCACAACCCUGUGAAAUACCAAGUCCCAAUAAACCACAAAAAAUAGCUUAAGACUGUACGCAGAGCAAACUCUUCUCUUUGCGUGAACCAAGUCAAUAAAAAAUGGAGUGAAUUGUA